AUGGCGGAAAAGCACAACAAUGAAGCACCUCUCAAGGCACUGUCCUUCAAUGAGGGGACAAUCAAUGAUUCUGCAACUGUAGAGGCACUGCACCUCUACCACGAGGUGGAAGGGACGGAUCUAGAGCCAGAGGCGGCGUGUGCUCUACGUUGGAAAAUCGAUCUCCGCCUCCUGCCUCUACUUUGCAUCACCUAUGCUCUCCAGUCUAUUGACAAGAACACACUCAGUUAUGCUGCCGUAUUUGGUCUGCAGACCGAUGUUCACCUCAAGGGUACGGAGUACUCCUGGACUGGUGCAAUCUUCUACCUUGGAUAUCUUGUCUGGGAGUUCCCUACCAACGUCCUGCUCCAAAGACUUCCCAUUAACUACUUCAUGUCCGGAACCGUUGUCAUCUGGGGCAUUUGUCUCAUGUGCCAUGGUGCAGUAUCGAACUUUGCUGGGCUAGCUGCGGCUCGUACCUUCCUUGGUGUCUUCGAGGCGUCCAUCAACCCAGGAACCAUGCUUCUCUUUGCCAUGUACUAUAAGCGUGAGGAGCAACCUCUCCGUAUGGGCAUCUGGAUCGGUGAGUUACACUGCUCAGCAACAGUAGUUUCUAUGGAGGACAUGUGGCUGACCUCAAUAGGCUCCGCCGGUCUCGGUUAUGUUAUUGCCGGCAUUGCAUCUUUCGGUAUCGGCCAUAUCGAUGGGUCCCUGGCUAGUUGGCGGCUGCUCUUCCUAAUCUGGGGCGCCAUCACUACUGCGUGGGGUGUGCUUCUGUGCUUCGCGCUUCCCGGCUCUCCUCUGCGCGCCAAAUUCCUCAGUGAGACGGAGAAGGCGGCUGUGGUCGGACGAGUAAAGGGCAAUGGUACCGGAAUUGAGAACAAGCACUUUAAAUGGAGCCAAUUUAUCGAGGCUAUGCUGGACUUGAAGACUUGGCUAUUGUUCCUGUUCGCAGUGACGAGCAACUCGCCGAAUGGUGGACUUUCAGCCUUCCAAGGGCUUAUUAUCAAGGGAAUGGGCUUCACAACCCUAGAAACGACACUCCACCAGAUGCCAUCAGGAGCCGUUCAGCUGAUUGUCUGCCCUCUUGCAUGCUACUUCGCCUCUCGAUUUCCCAAUGCGCGAUUACUGAUCAUGCUUGUCUGCCUCAUUCCAUUCCUGGCUGGGAUCCUCGGUCUAUGGCUCAUCGACGAGUCUAUCCCAUACGGUCGGCUUGCUUGCCUUUGGAUCUCUUUUACCUACACGGCCACGUGGACACUGAGCAUGUCAGUUGCUACGGCCAACACGGCUGGGCACACAAAGAAGAUCACCACCAAUGCCAUGUUGCUGAUCGGUUAUUGUCUCGGCAACUUCAUUGGCCCGUUCUUCUUCAAGACGGAGCAAGCCCCCGUCUAUCCCCUGGGAGUGGCCAUGAUGUUCUUCUGCAUCGCGGUUCAAGUCUUGUGUCUAGUUGGCAUCUGGGUUCUCUUGUGGAUGAGAAACAAGUCCCGACGAACCGUAAGGGAGGCGGCCAGUGUCGAGCAGAUGUACGAGCGGGGCUUUUUGGAUGAGACAGACAAGGAGAACUUGUUCUUCCAGUACGUGUACUAG